UACCAGUUAAAGGCGGAGUCCUCUGCCUGCAGCUCCAAAGCGGUUCGGCGGGCAUGCGCCGUGUGGGGCCGGGCCGGGGUGACGGCAGCGACGGGUCUCGUCUCGUUUUUUCUCGCGGCUCCUGGGGCCGGGCGGGCCUGGGCUCACCUGGCUGGGCCUGUGUCUCGUCGCCGGGCGUCCGGCUCCUGGCAGCGCGGGGCCAUGGCGCAGCGGAGAGCGGCGGAGCGGGGCCCCGGCGAGCUGGCGAGCGCCCGGUCCCAGCGGCAGCUCGUUCAAGGAAGGGCCCAUACAGAAGGUGGAUCAGCACGAAUGUCACUCCUCAUAUUAGUAUCCAUCUUUCUGUCUGCUGCUUCGAUUAUGUUUCUAGUAUAUAAAAAUUUUCCACAGCUUAGUGAAGAAGAGAGAGAAUGUAUAAAGAUUCCCAGAGAGAUGGAUGAUGCUAAGGCCUUAGGAAAAGUCCUCUCCAAAUACAAAGACACCUUCUACGUCCAAGUAUUAGUGGCUUAUUUUGCUACAUAUGUUUUCUUGCAAACAUUUGCUAUACCUGGCUCUAUAUUUCUCAGUAUCCUCUCAGGGUUUCUUUAUCCGUUCCCAUUAGCCUUAUUUCUUGUUUGUCUGUGUUCUGGACUUGGAGCCUCUUUCUGUUACAUGCUUUCAUAUUUAGUUGGACGUCCAGUUGUGUACAGAUAUUUAACAGAGAAAGCAGUGAAAUGGGCAGAGCAGGUUGAACGACACAGAGAACACCUCAUUAACUACAUAAUAUUUUUGAGAAUAACGCCUUUUCUUCCUAAUUGGUUUAUCAAUAUAACAUCUCCUGUAAUAAAUGUACCACUUAAAGUAUUUUUCAUUGGUACUUUUCUAGGUGUUGCACCACCAUCUUUUGUAGCAAUUAAGGCAGGAACAACACUGUACCAGCUUACAACAGCAGGGGAAGCAGUUUCCUGGAACUCUGUAUUUGUUCUCAUGAUUCUAGCUAUUCUCUCUAUUCUGCCAGCUAUUUUCCAGAAGAAGCUUAAACAAAAGUUUGAAUAAAGAGCACAUUGGAUCUAAAUUUCCCAUAAUUCAUCUCAGGAUCAGUACUUCUGAUGGUCAUAUGUAUGUUUUGUUUUUUAUCAGAUCAGCAAUGUAAAAAAAGGGGAGACUUGUAAGGGAUAAGAACUUCCUUAUUUCUUUAAAGGAGCGCAUUUUACUGUCUGAAAUUCAAGGAACUGUGUUCAGAAAUACUCUGCAUAUAGUUUUGUAGCCCAAACCAUCAGUGUUUUAUCCUUUGAAAGCAAGAGGAGGGAACUCAAAACACAGAAGAUUAGUUAGCUUUUUGCUCUGCUUCAUAUAUGUGGCAGAAAGGCAAAAUUGGAUAGCUUAAAAUGCAACUUGCAAAUAUUGGUUUCUAAAAGUUCAAAUAACUUUUGAUUGGUCAAUGUAGUUUGUAGCAUUGUACAUGACUUUGAAGACUUGCAUGUAACUUAAUGGUUUGCUCUGAAUAAUUUUCUCUUCAUUCUAAUUUUCCCCUUUCAUCUGCUUUUGUCCUUACUGGUCCCAGAAUAAUGUAAAGUACAAUGGCACUCACUUGUAAAACAUAAGGCUUCUCUCUUGGAGUAGUACCUUAAAUUCCAGUGAUGUAAAACUGCAGGAAGCUAAACUGCUUUCUUCUUUCUUUUCAUUAGUGUUGUCUCAAUUUAAAUACUUGAACUGCUUUAACUGGAUUAACAAAUUCAGUCAAAUCAUUCCCAUACUGUAGAUUUUAUUUUUGAAGAGCAGGUCAGAAUUUUAUCUUGGCUUGUUGAUUAACUCUGAAGUUUUUAAUGUUUGUUCAGACUGAUUUUAAUUUGUCUAGUUUUGCCAGUAUUUCAGAUGCAUAGACUUAUCUGCCAAUUUAAGAUAAUUACCAGAUUUUGUUAUACAAUAUUUUUCAGUCCUUAAAUGAUUAAAGCAAAUAGAGUAAUUAUAAGCGACUUACAAUUCUUAGGAUAUAUUACUUGAGAAUUUGGGACAGAGGGGAGGGAAUCUUGGUCUUGGCAAUAGUAACCUGUUACCAUUACAACUCAUCGGGCUAAAAAGUUUUAUCAGGUAUGCAAAUUAUUACACAAUUCUUCUGUUUAUCUGAAAUAUUGCCAUGUAAAGCUCAGUUCAUCAUGUAAUAAAAAUCUUACACUUUAUACAUAACCUAGAAGGCUGCAUUCUGUGUUCUGAUUGGUGGGUAAUUGGUAGUGUUUUAUCAUCCACUAAGGUAUAUGAUACCUUCUCUUGAAUAGUUAUCACUACUGUUGUCAAAAGAAAAGGAGUACUUGUGGCACCUUAGAGACUAACAAAUUUAUUAGAGCAUAAGCUUUCGUGAGCUACAGCUCACUUCAUCGGAUGCAUGAAGUGAGCUGUAGCUCACGAAAGCUUAUGCUCUAAUAAAUUUGUUAGUCUCUAAGGUGCCACAAGUACUCCUUUUCUUUUUGCGAAUACAGACUAACACGGCUGCUACUCUGAAACCUCUGACUACUGUUGUCAGUUUGUUGCAUUGUCAGUGGGCCCUUUGAAAUAUAAGCUCCCAAUUCAACAUGAUACUUAAGCAUGUGCCUAAGUACGUGAGUAAGUCCCACAGAAGUCAGCAUCUGCAUGCUUUAAAGUUAGGCACUGCCUAAGUAUCUGUCUGAAUCAGGUCCUGACUCAUUAGUACCUGCUUUGCAAUGCUCAGAUUUCUGAGGAAUUACUCGGCUGAAAUUUUGUACAGUGUUUUCUUAUCCUGAAAACUUGUCAUGUUAUGGAACAUUUUAGGUAUAAGAGAACAGUACUAUAAAUGGGAAAUAUGAAAGGUACUGGUACCUUCAACAGCUUUGUUCUUUUGUAACGUAAUGUGGAUUGACUCAUUCAUUUUAUCACAGUAUUAUGUGUAAAUAUAUAGGAAAUAUAUAUUAUUUGCCUACACUAUUUCUGUCAUCUGUUUUUCUUUUAUGUAAACUAACUUUUCAAUGCCUAUUGAAUUUUUCAUUCCGAUGUGGACUGCACAAUAAACAGGUGGUUUUGUGUUGCUAACUAAAACAUCAAUGUUUUAUCACUUGUUUACAAGUUUCUUUGUUAAAUAUAGCUUUGGGUAUUUAUGGGUUUAGAAUUUUUAAUCUAAAAAUGUACUUUAGUUUUAAAGGUUGAUAAUGUUCUAUGACCUUGGAUCUAUCAGUCUGAACAGUGAGACUUCUUCCUACUGUAGUGUUAACCUCGGUCAGAAAAAAAGUCACUCUUUAGAGAUGGUGCAGCACCACUGCUAGUCCAAUGGCAUCUCUAAACAUUUCUGUGUGUCCUGCCUGACAUAGGUCAGUAUAGAUUUUACUUUUAGGUUUCAUGUACACUGUCAAACUGCAGUUUGAGGGACUCUUGUCAUAGAAGAGUCUGAAAUAUGUUUCAAGUCCUUAUGAAUCGUGCUAGAGCCUUGGAUUUUACAGGGUAGUCACAAUUCACUGUGUAGAUAGGACUAAGCUGUGUUAUGAAGUUUAAAACUGCUCCAACCAUGUUCUAAUUGGCUUCCCAGCACAGUAGCUUUUUAUAUCAUAGAAAGGACUUUACCUUACAAUUCUCUUCUUUUGCAAAACUUAAUUGGCUUCUAGUCAACUGUUCCAUAUAUAUCUUCAGUGGAUGCCAAGAUAAAUUCCUUGAACAGUCCCUCAUCCCUAGAACCUACUUCAGGGUAUCUGAAUACUACAGGCAUUAGAAUGAAAAGAACAGAAAAGAAUGUGGGGUAAGGCACAGUUAUGGAACGCUUGCAAUGCCUUUUCACUGGAAGGAAAUUCAGCACGUGAUAAGAGGUAGGCACAGCUUUCUAACAGGAAAAUAAUGUCUGUCAUGAAGUGAGUGGGGAGGUAGAAGAUAAAAAAAAUGUAGCUCCUUUGAAAUAUCAAGGCAUUUUGAACUGUUAGGUAACCUGUUCUCUUUGGAGUUGUAUAAUUCUAGUAAACAAUAUUUUCUAGACACCAUUACUAAAUGUCUUUUUUGCAUUUGAUAAUAAAACAAAACUAUACAAA